GGCUGGCGGCCGUAAAGUGCGGAAGGUCAGUCAGGCCUCCCGCUCCUUCAGGUGAGCCGGCGCCGACCCGCGGUCCCGCGGGACCACCGGCCCCAACCCUACGACUCGCCGGGGUCGGCCCACCCGCCGGCACCGCCCCUUGCCCCGGCCGCGGGCCUGCCCCGCUCCUCGGGAUCUCGGGAGCUCCAGCGGAGGCGAGUACAGGCUACGGCGGCGGUGGCUCCCGCGCCUCCGGGUGCCGGCCUUCUCCCGCCCCGGUGGCCUUUCCUUCAGGGUCGGAGCGGGGGGCGCCCUGCUCGAUGGGGAUCUGUGGCGUGUGGCAGGCGGCGGGACUGAAUAACUGCUCUCCUGUUUGAUUACUCAUUGGCUUUCCUGUGUCCACUCAUACGCAAUGCACCAUGUGAUGUUUGCCACUGCCAGCCUUGUAUAUAAUAAGGUGGUGUUUUCAGAAAACUGACAAAUAACUGCUGGGAUGUUUCUCCGAUUGCUGUCGGAUGUCCGGUGGCGGGCGGCUAAGCCAAAAUGGAGAAGAAUGACCAGCUCCCGGCGAAGUGCCUCAAGCACGGCAGAACCUCACCUGGUUUCCUUGCCAGCACAGGCGCAGGUUGUCAUCUGUGGUGGUGGAAUCAUGGGCACCUCCGUGGCAUAUCACCUUUCCAAGAUGGGUUGGAAGGAUAUAGUCUUACUUGAACAGGGCAGGUUGGCUGCUGGUACCACUCGCUUCUGUGCUGGCAUCGUGAGCACAGCCAGGCACGUGUCCCUAGAGCUGAAGAUGGCAGACUAUUCAAACAAGCUCUACCAGCAACUGGAACAAGAGACGGGAGUAAAAACAGGGUACACAAAGACAGGCUCUAUUUCACUGGCUCAGACUCAAGAUCGACUCAUCUCUCUGAAACGCAUUGCUUCAUCACUGAGUGUAAUGGGGAUACCUUGUGAAAUUAUCACCCCAAAGCAAGUGGCACAGCUCCACCCACUGAUCAACAUCCAUGACCUUGUGGGGGCCAUGUAUGUGCCAGAAGAUGCACUCGUGACAUCUGCCAAUGUGAGUCUGGCUCUGGCAACUGCUGCCUCACGGAAUGGUGUCCAGAUUCAUGAACGGACGAGUGUCAGUCAUGUCUUAGUCCAGAAGGGUCAUGUGACUGGAGUCGAGACCGACAGAGGACAGAUUCAAUGCCAGUACUUCGUUAACUGUGCUGGCCAGUGGGCCUAUGAGUUGGGCCACUCUGGGGAGGAACCAGUCAAUAUCCCACUCCAUGCCUGUGAACACUUCUACCUCCUGACACAUCCUUUGAAGGAACCUCUGGCAAGCAACUUACCAACUAUUGUAGACCCAGAUGGCAGGAUCUACAUACGCAACUGGCAAGGUGGCAUCCUCUCUGGAGGCUUUGAGAAAAACCCCAAACCUCUCUUCACGGAGGGACGGAACCAGCUGGAGAUCCAGAAUCUUCAAGAAGACUGGGAUCAUUUUGAGCCACUUCUGAGUGCCCUUCUGCGCAGGAUGCCAGAUUUGGAGGCUCUGCAGAUCAUGCAGUUAGUGAAUUGCCCAGAGUCUUUCACGCCAGAUAUGCGGUGCAUCAUGGGAGAGUCGCCCACAUUACGGGGCUACUUUGUCCUGGCUGGCAUGAACUCAGCUGGUAUCUCAUAUGGUGGGGGAGCAGGCAAGUAUCUGGCAGAGUGGAUGGUAAAUGGAUAUCCAUCAGAAAAUGUUUGGCCUCUGGAUUUGAAACGUUUUGGUACACUUCAGAGCAGUCGCACUUUCCUCCGUCACCGCGUGAUGGAAGUAAUGCCCCUCAUGUGUGAUCUGAAAGUUCCCCGUUGGGACUUCCAGACUGGCAGACAGCUGCGUACUUCACCGUUGUACGACCGUCUGGACGCGCAGGGAGCUAGGUGGAUGGAGAAGCAUGGCUUUGAGAGAGUCAAGUAUUUUGUCCCACCUGGGAAAGAUUUGCUGGAUUUGGAUCAGAGCAAAACCUUUUACAAACCAGACUGGUUUGAUAUUGUGGGUUCCGAAGUCAAGUGUUGUAAGGAAGCGGUUUGUGUCAUUGACAUGUCGUCUUUUACAAAGUUUGAAAUAAGCUCCACAGGAGACCAGGCCCUGGAGAGUCUGCAGUAUCUCUUCUCAAAUGACCUGGAUGUGCCAGUUGGGCAUGUUGUGCAUACAGGCAUGCUUAAUGAGAAAGGAGGGUAUGAGAAUGACUGCAGCAUAGCGCGAUUGAGCAAACGCAGCUUCUUCAUGAUUUCCCCUACUGACCAACAAGUCCAUUGCUGGGCCUGGCUGAAGAACCGCUUGCCCAAUGACAGCAACCUGACCAUGGAAGAUGUGACCUGGAAGUACACGGCCCUCAAUCUGAUCGGUCCUCGUGCUGUGGAUGUCCUCUCAGAGUUGUCAUAUGCCCCAAUAACUCCAGAACACUUUCCCUCUCUCUUUUGCAAGGAGAUGAGCGUGGGCUAUGCUAAUGGCAUCCGUGUGAUGAGUAUCACUCACACAGGAGAACCUGGAUUCAUGCUUUAUAUCCCCAUAGAGUAUGCCCUUCACGUGUACAACGAGGUGAUGAACAUGGGACAGAAGUACGGGAUUCGGAAUGCCGGUUAUUAUGCGCUCCGCAGCCUGCGCAUUGAGAAGUUCUUUGCGUUCUGGGGCCAGGAUCUGGAUGCCUUUACCACUCCUAUGGAGUGUGGACGUGAAUUCCAGGUCAAGCUGGAAAAGGGAAUGCAGUUUGUUGGUCAGGAAGCACUGUUGGAACAGAAGCAGAACGGUGUGUACAAGCGCUUUACCAUGUUCAUUCUUGAGGACCAUGACACAGAUACGGACCUCUGGCCCUGGUGGGGCGAGCCCAUUUUCCGCAAUGGCCGCUACGUGGGCAAGACCACCAGUAGUGCCUACAGCUACACUCUGGAGCGCCAUGUCUGCCUCGGCUUCGUGCAGCACUUUGACGAGAAGACAGGAGAAGAGCAGGUGGUGACAACUGACUUCAUCAACCAGGGCGAGUAUGAGAUCGACAUUGCUGGGCAGCGCUUCCAGGCCAAAGCCAAGCUCUACCCCUUCAGCUCCCUCUUCACACACCGUCGCCGCAAGGAUGAGGUGGAACUGAGUGGCUACCAGAGGGAGUAGUGCUGACUAGACCUGACCGCUCCUUUUCCCAAGCUGGAGUCCUCUCCCACCAUCUUCCAGUCCUUUCUCCUCACCCCAUAUAUUUCUUUUCCUUUCUUGUCUUGCAACUUUUAAACUUUUUCCAGUGUGUCACAUUUUGUAUAUUUUACAACUUUAAUUUUCAAGCUUUCUCAACCCUGUCUGUCUUCUUCCUUCAACCCUUUGCUUGCCAGGCUCCCCCAUGCCCCAGUGGAUGAAGCACAGUGCUGCACAUGCAUCCAGAAGUCCAUGGGAAGCCUGUAUGGGAGUGAACCCCACUGGAGGCCCUAGCCUUAUGGUGAUGGGAAGGGUUCAGGUGAACCCCUGGGGACUACACCCUUCCUCUCUCCUCUCCAGCGUAAGGCAUGGGACAGCAGGUAUUUGCUGCCUGUAGUUCAGAUGAACGCUGUGGCUUCACCUUGCUCUCCACAUAUUACGUUGUAGAGGGGACAAUGCGUCGAUGCACACAGCAAUAGAACGAUCAGCUACCUCACUGGCAUGAGACAUAGCGUUGUGUGAGCAGCAUCCAAGGGGCAGGUUUUUGUAUAGUCCAGCCUGUCACUGGCCCCCUUUGUCCACCAUUUUGUUUCCCUAACAGGGAGUCAAGUAGGUUUAAUCAUCAGAUCACUGAGAUGACAAUAAUGCUGGUAAGUUUGUUGUUGUUGGGACUAGAUUUUUUGCGUGAGGUCACUGAAGCUAAAUGGCCUUCUAUAGAUGUAAUUGAAGAUCAGCAUGUAUGUUUCACUUCUAUAAAGGAAUGGGAUUUGUGGUUGGUUUUUUUUAUUAGCAAAAAUGCUGAUUUCUAACAAGGACAGAUGUUAGUGUUUAAUGUUAACAGCAGUGUUGAAAUGCUACUUCUGUUUCAGCUGCAGAGUGUACAAUCUCUUUUGGGAUUUUCUUUCACUUUGUUUACAUGACUUGGUCAAGCUCAUCUGGCAAGGUUCAUGUAAAGCUUGUGUUGUGUUGGGGAACUUGAGCAGCAGGGGGGAUGACAUCUUCUGUUUUUAGCUGCCCAUGGUUAUUUUGAAAGUGGAGGAAAAGCCCCAGCAUUUGUCUCACCUGUGGUGCUGGCAGUAUUGGAAGAAACACUGGCUUUUCUUCUGGUGGUGAGAAGGCAUCUCAGCAGCUCCUGCCAGAUUCGAGAGGUUGUCUUCUGUUUUUCUCCUUAAAUCUGUUGCACUUCUUACUUCUCUGUCUUGGUCGUACCUCAGCUGAAGGGGUUGAACAGAGGGAGUGUAGGGAGUGUGGCAGUGGGUUUACAAAUUGCUUUCCUCCAGCAAAGCUCUGCCAUCGUGCUCCUCAUACAGAUGCUUCAGGCAGUGCAGCUGGGAUUCACCCCUUCUUCAAGCGUCAAAAUGUGCUGAUUCAAACACUGAUGGUAAAUGGUAACCAGGUGGGGGGAUGCUGAAUUGUAUUGCACACAUUUACAUCUUCUUUUUCUUCUUCCUAAUGUGAGCACAAUCAAAAGCAAAGAUUCUCUUUAUUUACUUGAAAAAGAUCCGUUAAACGUUUCCCCUGCCUCUGCCACCCGCAUACUCAUCAUGGUCUCUCUGCUCCAGCAUCUUUCUCUCUGGAGUUCGAACACAACCUUGCACUGAUGUCUGCCCUGUCAGCCGUGACAAACACUUUGUCUGUGAUCUAGAACCCUUUCUGGGAACUUUCUUUUCCAGUUAAAUGGUGAGCAUCAGCAGUGUAAAUAUAAGCUCAAAACCUUCCUUGGUUCUUGUUUUUAAGUUUGCUUUCUGCUGCUUUAGUUGCUUCAGGUCAUGCCUUCAGCUGAGUCUGUGGUCUGCCAGUUCAUGAUUGAGAUGUUCUCGGCAUGCAAAAGGAGUCGGUUGUCUCAAGGCAGCGAAGGUGAAAGUCCAAAACCUCUACACCUUAAAACAGGUUGUCAGAGCAAUCUCCCCCAUCCAGGGUGAUACGGAAGCUGUGAAACCUAAGAGUGGAGAGUCGGGAAAGGGAGUAAGGGAAUGAAGGACUUAAGCAUGUUGUGUAGUAGAUUGAACAUAGGUGUCACUUCUUUGAGCGUGCUUUCCUUUGUGAGUGGUGAAUUCUUUUGAAGUGUGUGACCUCUUCAAGGAUUUCAAACUUAUUUUUGAAUUGACGUGCAAAAAUUCCCCAUUCUCUGAAAUGCAGUGACCAUAGCAGUACAGCUUUUUGAGAUCUCACAGCCAAGAGUACUCUGCACGGCUGCUGUAGGCGGAGAUUCCACUUGCUUGUCAUUUCCUCCAAAUUCCCCUAUUAUUGCUCUCUGAAUCGAAAUUUUGCCUGGUGUGUUAGAAUUAAUUGCUUAAAUGAAGGGUUCAUAAGGCAUCUAAUAGCAGUUUAAAAUCCAGUCACUUCAUGUAUGUCUUUCCUGCAUAGAGAGAUACUGUGAUCCCCCUAUUUCUCUGCUGGUUGUGCAUACCAAGGGGAACCUCGAUCCCUCCUUUGGUUUUAUGGGACGUUGCUGUGCCUUCCUUAUCUAGGGAAAUAAGCAUUCAACCAGAGGAAGAGUUUUAUACGUGAUUGAUAGGAUGUGGCUUAGAGCAGCCCUUCUGAUUGUUAAGACCGAACUGGAAAGUUAGCAGCAUGCUGUCCUCUGCCAACCACUCAUUCCUGAAGUAUCAUUUAAGCUGCAGCCAGAUUAUAUUCCUCCUUGUGAUUAUUUUUUAUUUUCCCUCAUUUAUAGGUGCCUGUUAGUUCCUCAGAAAACUUUUGAUACAGAUGUGUCUUCCCAUAGCAGUUCUGACAAUAAAAUUGUGUUUUAUGAGCUACUUUUGUCAUUAUGUCUGCUUAGGUUUAUUUCAUGUCUAGACCUAUUGACUUUGCAGUACCAAAAAUAGAGAGCGGAAAUAAUUUCCCUUCAUGCCAAUAGAUAUAGCAACACUUUCUGUAAUGUUAUGUUUGUUGUUUGAAACUUAGAGAUAGACGGUUUCAUAAUUGUCAGUCUAGCAGCUCAUGAACGUCUACUCUGGCUUUCCCUGAUAUGAAUUCUGAUUCUUGUUUCAUAGCUGAACCUGUAGCCUUUGGCUGCUGUUCAAACUUAGUCGAUUUAAUUUCUGGCAACUAUUUUUAAUCUUAUAAUGUUAAAGAACAGUUUUCUUUCACCAACUUGAAUACCUGUCAAGGGGAUAAUUGGGUUGCAUAUUUUAAAAUAGUGCUAGAUACUGAGACCGAGGAAGGUCUUUCAGGUGUCAUGUUUUCUUCCAGAGGUAUUAAACAGUAAUGUAAGACUCUAAUCCCUUUAUCUGAUGACUAAAAGUAGAGUGCCCAAAAAAAGAACGACAAAAUUGGUUUAGGAGUUGCUACCUUUAGUACAACUUCAAAUUAGAAAACUAGAAAUCGGAUCUGGGAAGCUGCUGUAAGACAGUCUUAGCAUCUAAGAUGGUAAAUAAUGUGGAUUAUAAAAUUACACAUCAUGAUUCUCAUCCUUAAAACUGCUUUAAAAUGCUUUCUGCUGAGAAGGACGGUGUGUUCUCAUUCUGCAUGGUAAGACGUAUAAACCUUGGAGGGGAAAUACUAAAAUAGCAUUUUUAACUAUUAAUAAUAGUAACGACCUCGUUCUGUGCUGCAGCAGCAGCAGCAGGUCUACCCUGUGCACCUCAUGUGUAGCAGUUGCAGGGGUGUCAUCUGUUCUCUGAGUCUUGCUGUCCAGAAUGGGAACAGUCCUGUAGAUUUUGUUCAUGCAGGCAACUUGGCACAAGAAACACUUGAAGGGAAGCUAACUGGAGUUUAGUGUGAGCAAAUAAUUUCUCUUUUUGGCUAAAGUAUAAGUUGAGCAUAACCCAUUUUAUAAUAAAUUUAUUACUCAUCAGUGAUGAAUGUUAAGGAAAGCGUGGCCUGUGGGGAGAUAAGGCACCAUGGGUGGCAUGCACUUGGCACGUGUAGCAUUGUUUUUUCUUACCCCAGAAGUCAACAUCUUGAAUGGGUUUGCUGGCACGGUGGUAGUGGUGAAUCCAUCUAAAUUUACAGCAUUCCUAUACGCCAGAAGGGCUUGCUUGGCCAAAUGUCGUCUGUAGUGUGGGGAACCUAUGUAGCAGCCUCUUCCAUUACAUGAUUUCUCUGGAGGAAUUUGUGUUGUCUUACCCUUGUUGCAUCCUUUCCUAAGUUCUUAUGGGUUUUUUUGGUCCUUGAGUGAAUACUGAAAGGCUUGAGUUAAAAUGGUACUAGAGAAGAGGAACUUUGUUUUUCAUAUUUAACGAUCUGAGGAUAAAAUUAAAACAGUCUAUUUAGGAAUUAUGUUUUCUGUUUCAGGAAGGUGUGUUAUAGUGAUUUUCACAUCUGUCUUUGCCAGAUUUAGUUUCUUCUUGUUUCCUCUGUGCUGACUCCAGCAUCCAGAUUUGAUGUGACUUGUUGGACAGUUUCUUCUCAUUAUUUUGUGGCAAGGAGGGGAGGCUAUGUGAAACUUGCACUGUGUCUCCAAGUCUUGGUGUAAGCCUGGAUUCCUCCUUUCUGCUGUUGUUGUUGCCUUUCCUGCAACACCUCUAGCCUGUGCUGCUGUAGGACCUCUCGUGUGUGAGGUUCCUCUCUUGAUUCCACCAUGUGCUUCAUCUUCUGGGCCAGGUUGGCUCUAGAUCUGUCUCUCUGCAUUGAUUUAAGCUCUUCAGCUUUUAGUUGGUGCAGAUACCAACAUCCAAAGCCUCACGUGGGUUUGCGGCUGCUGUGUAUUACAUCAUUUAGUGCUCCCUCUCCCUGUGCCAGGGUUUUCCCACUCAACACUUCCCAAUCUCCUUCCUCAGGCAGCUGAGCAUGUUAGUUCCUUUUGCCCAUCAGAGAGCCAGGCAUAGCAAAAUAAACACAGGCAAGGGGAUGGCAGAGCAGCUGAGCUGAGAUGGAAGGAGAGGCAUGAUAGUGGUUUGAUCCUUUGCCCAUUACCCAGCCACUUAAGCCCAGCCUUGAAGACAUGGUCAGGCCUGAUUCCCAGCUCAGGGAGCAUCUUCCUCUGCAGCCUUAGUGCUGGACACGUGCUGAGUGGUAGCAAUGGCUCUGGACAGAACCGGGACAGUGUUAUCAAGGAAGCCACUCAUUUUCAGACAUACUUUUCCCUCUAACAUUUCUUCUGAUGAAGGAAACCAUGCUGCACAGAAGAGGUGGGGAGUGUGUGUACCAGGUUGCUCAAAACGCUUGUCUCUCUCUGGCAUAUUCUUGGAGGUGGUGUCUAACUGUGAAGGUCAGACAGCACUGACAUCAGUGUGCUGGGGCUAACCUUGUCCUUCCAGCACACUUUAACCAAAAUGCUUACAUUUUGGGAAUAAAUCUGUAAAAACAAGGUAGUUUCUGUGUUUGCGGGGGGAAGUUGCUUGCAAGGACAGAAGUUGUUCUUAUUUCAAACAGAACACUUAGCUGCUGAUAAUGGCCAGCAAAACAUUCACAACUUUCAGCUUUGUCUUCCCAAGUAAUUUUAUUAUAAUACUUGGUCAGGUUAAUUUCUGCCCAUUUUGGGAUGCUUUUCUGUUUUAAACUACCUUUUCCUUGACUGAUUGUUAGGAUUUUUAUUUAAAAAAAACCAAACACCAAAAAACACAUUCAGUCAGGGAACAGGACGUGGGGAAGGAGGGGUUAAUGUCAUCAGGUGACUUCAAGCUGUCUUUAAAAAGCAUUUGAAAAUUUUCUUUGCACUUUAAACUUUCCUUCAGCAUUAUGAUUGUAGCGUGCUUAUAGCUCUCGGCAAGAGCAGUCUUUGCAUUUGAGGGAGGAAAAUCUUCAAAUAUUUGUAAAUGCCUUAAAGCUUUUGGUGAUGUAUUUGGGCACUGAUUGUGCCUGCCAUUUGAUUUUCUUCCUGGAGAGCUGUGUGCUGAGCGUACAGACCAGACACAAACAUCAGCAGAUAUUUUUGAGCAAGCACUGGGGAUGGUGGAAGCUGCUGUUGCAGGAUGCUGCUGGUCUGAGGCUGGAAUUUGUAUCAAACUAAGCUAAAUGAGCUGGGAGCCCCUGUGCCUCUACAGCUGCCCGUACUGACACCUUCCCUGCUUUUUUUUCCCCCAGAAAUGGCUUUAGCAACUGUAUCAUUCAUGCUAUAAUGAGUUUUCUUCUUUCUUUAAAGAAAGAAGCGUGGACUGGCAUAGAGUACUCUGUGAGUGUCCCUUUGCAUAAAGGAAACAAAAUUCUCGCUUGAACGCUUCCCUGCUGCACCAGCUGACAUUUGCAGGCAGGAGUAGGGAGAAGCGGGAGCGGAGGGGAUCUGCUGCUGCCUGUAAUGUUUGAGAUGGCUCCGAGACUUCUCAUCUGCAAUUUGUCUCAAAGCUCUGCUGGAUUCCCGACAUCAGGGUGGCUUUGGAGUUAAGAGCACAAAACAAAGCACUGCUUUGCAGGUAUGACACACUAUGCUGAUAUACUUUGCUUAGAGAUAUCGUCUGUUUGGAAUAAGGUAUCUCCAUGAAGAGGAGUGGUAAAUUAUAAUGAAAGAGGCCCUGGAGAAAGGCGUUCACAUUAAUAUUUAUUGAUUUGUCGAUGCUAGUAACAGCCUAUCUUCUGGCACAGAUGCUUGACGCCUGCUAAAAGCAGAGCAGAUACUUGGGAGUCGUCAGUCAUCCCAACUAGGGCAUGAUCCAUUUUGUAGGUAUGGAGAAAAGUCCUACGCUGUCACCUUUCACCAUGGCACCACUGAGAUUUCUUCCACACCACAAAUAGUUUUCCCUACUUUUCCCAUAGUGGGCCGGCUACACCUUUCUUCCAGUAUAACUGGAGGCAGGUUAAUGUCCCUGAAGUUGGUGGUGGGUUCUCCUGCGCUUCAUGGUCAGACUUGCGGCAGGGCACGUCCCUGCUCCGUAAGUGCUUCUGCCAAAGAAGUGCCCCAAGCUGCGCCUGGGGGAAAGGAGCAUGCCUGCACUGUGAGUGCCGUUUUUUCCAGACCGCCUGCUGGGCAGUUGGCUGACAGUAAUGUUUCCUGCAUCUUUGGGAAGAGUUUGGGGAUAACACCUUUUGGUCCAGAUCAACUCCUUGCCGCUGCUCCUGAGACAAUGUGCUUGCUUUCUGCUACUUUCCACUCUGUUCCUGUCUGUGUGCACCUGCUGGCUCCCGCUGUCGCUGGUUUUACAGGAGACCUGAGCUCUGGGGGAGACGGGCUCUUGGCUUCUUGGGCAGGUAUCUGGUGCAGGUCUCCUGAGCAGAGACUGCCAUCUUGUGAACUGCACCAGUACAUCCCUUCUCCACCAUUGCUUCUGGUGAUCAGGUGCACCAAUUUACUUGUCCAAAGCCCCUUCAUGCUUUCAUCAGUCUCCCAAGACCAGAUUUUAAAGGGCUGGGAGGAAUUCUGAAGUGUGCUACUGCUGAAAUUUUAAGAACAACUGAAGAUUCAACCUGUGAAAACAAUUUUUCUAGUGCCUUAUGCUUGUGAAUGUCAUGCAAUGGAUGUAGCUGAGGUGGGACAGAGCAAGGAGCAACUUCAGUAGCAUGGUUCCCUGUCCCACCACAGCCAUCUCCCUCAUCCCUUGCAGUCUCAGCAAGCGGAUCAUCUCAAGCAGUGCAGGGCUGCUUUUUAAUCCCUUUGAAACCUGGAGUUGUAAAAAUGUUGAACUGUUAAACCCUUGUGCUGGGUGGUGUACCUUGAGAGGAGCAGUGGUCUUACCUUUGCCAGUUUUGGAUUCAAAGGGGUUUAGGAGAGACAAAGCUGUUCUAAUUGCCAGACUCUGUGGUAGAGGACGUGAAGUUGUUCCCAAGCGCGGAGUCAGGGUAGGUUUGCUCUUCUCCACUGAGGCCGUGUUGUUAUGUACGCUAUAUCGUGCUUUAUUUCAUUCAAUAUUUUGUUUGGCUUAAAUGUUGGUAGGUUUGUAUAUUAAUAAAGAGGCAUUUUAACUAA